UGCCACCUACGUGAACGAGUGCAACUGCAUGCAUUAUCUAGGAAACCACAAUAUAUCGUGAGGAGAUCAUCGAGUAUGAUGGCGUGGAACUUUGUGACUGGUGGUCGUUCCGGCUCAAGCAGCUGGAUGGUGCAGAUGGAGAGGAUGCUCAUGAACGCCAACCCGGAGACGGAGAUGGCGCGCUGGAACAAGCCCUCCAUCUACCGCGUCCCGGAAUGGCUCAAGAACAUGACCAACCGCGACGCCUACCGGCCGCAGCUGGUGUCGCUCGGCCCCUUCCACCACGGCGAGCCCGACCUGCUCCCCAUGGAGGAGCACAAGCGCCGGGCGGUGGCUCACGUGGCCAUGCGGUCGCGGAGGCCCCUCCGGGAGUUCGUGGCCGCCGUCGAGGAGGUGGCCGACAAGCUCAUGGACGCGUACGACAACCUGGAUGAGAAAUGGCGUGGGGCGAGGAGAGGCCAGUUCGUGGAGAUGAUGGUCGUGGACGGGUGCUUCCUGCUGGAGAUGGUGAAGGGGGUCUCGCGUGGAGAGGCGCCCCGCGAUUACGCGCCCAAUGACCCGGUGUUUAGCAAGCAUGGCAUGAUUUAUCUGUGGGGAGGUAUACAGGCCGACAUGCUCGCGAUUGAGAACCAGCUGCCUCUGCUUGCGUUGUAUACGAUUGAGCAAAUUUGGCAUGACACCACACCUCUGAGCGAGAAAGAUGUCAACAAGUUGGUGCUUGAUUUCACGUGGCAACCUCUCAACAAAGACAAGCGUGAAGGCGUCGUCCAAGACAUCCUGUCCCUCCACGCCCUGGACAUUUACCACAAAAAUUUGUGCGGUCUCUCUCCAGCCCCCGGAGGGUCAGGCAAGCACAUAUACGAGGAGAGCAUGCGCUGCGCCGUGGAGCUGAAGGAGAAAGGAGUCCAUUUCAAGAAGUGCGACAGCACCCACGCCAUCGACUUCAAGAACGGCGUGCUCAGCCUGCCGGAGGUCUCGGUCGGCGACGGCAACGAGAAGAUCUUCCUGAACCUGAUGGCGUUCGAGCAGCUGCACAGUGGCAUGAGGAGCGACGCGACGGCGUAUCUGAUCUUCAUGGACAACAUUAUCGACUCGGAGAGGGACGUGGCGCUGCUGAGAUCGAAGGGGAUCAUCAAGCACUCGCUGAGCAGCGACAGGGAGACGGCGAACCUGUUCAACAUCCUGAGCAAGGGAGGAGCGGUCAUGAGCCCGCACAGCAGGUUGCACGACGUGCGGCGGAAGGUGAACGAUCACUGCAGGAAGCCCUGGAACAAGUGGAUGGCCAUCUUCCGGCACACCUAUGCGAGCAACCCGUGGGUGCUCAUCUCCCUCGUGGCGGCCAUUAUCCUGCUCGUCUCCACCAUCCUGCAGACCAUCUACUCGGUCGUGCAGUUCUACACCAAGAGCUAGCUACCAAGAUCACACCAUACAUCUAUGGUUUACUACCAAAACUAGAGCUCUGUUCUUCUGAAGCAUGUCCAUCAGUAUUAACCUUUGUCAAUCUCAAGAUCUGUCUGCUCAGUCUCUCGGAAUGCUCAUGUGAAUAGGAUUAGGUACGUGUAUUCAUAAGAGUGAGUGUGCGUGUAUUUUAGCAUGUAUAUACUGUAUUUGAAAAAAAUGAAUACCUCAUCAAUUUUCACUCCUAA